AUGGUGAUCAAUAACAUUGAAAAACCAACAAAUGGGAUACUCACUACAGAAAAUCCUACUGAGUCACCGAUAGUGGACAAUACAGAGGUGCAAACAAAAAAACCAGCAGUGGAUACCACUGUAAAAUCAUCAGAGGCACCAUUAGAGAAACAGGCAAAGAGCAUAGAGAAACAGGUAGAGCAACAGGUUCAUUCACUAGUACAUACAGAGACAGUGCCAUCAGCUACAAUAGAAAAACCUAAACCUUUGCUUAUAGUAGACAGACUGAAGAAGGGGCUUAAGGAGAUGAUUUUUAAGGAGCAGAGUGGUUUGGUGGCAGGAAGGCAAAUUCUAGAUGUUGUUAUAGAAUUAGAGACUAUUCAUUCUAUGGCCUCCUCCAGUGAGAAUAAUAUGUUUAUUAAAAUGGAUAUGGCCAAGGCUUAUGAAAAAGUUAGGUGGUCCUUCCUGAGGAAGGUUCUUAGUGCAUAUGGUUUUGGAGAAGCAUGGAUUCAAUGGGUUAUGAGUUUUGUUACUUCAGUUUCCUUUACAGUGAUAAUUAAUGGGGAGCAUUUUGAGCUUUUUGGUGCUUCUUGGGGAAUCUGA